AGUCGCAAGAUGGCUGAUGUCGCUUGGAAGUAAUGUUCCCCUCUGCAACAUGAAGCCGUGAGUGUGGAAGAAAGCGAGGGAGGCACCAUCGGGCUUUUAUUUUUCUUUUCUUUUAGUUACUUUUCUUUUAUUUCGUCAAACAUCCAUCUCAUUCCGCGUCGUGUCCGCCCCGGACUUGUCUUCGGGAGUUGACGCGUCAAAUCACGCCGGGGACCCUGCCAGCAGCUAACAGCUAGCCACACAGUUAGCAAAUGUUAGUACAGCUAGACAGCCAGCCAGGCACACAGCUUGUUAAUUUGUUUUAAUUGAUAUUAUAACACCUGCGAACUAACAGGCUACCGCUACACACGUGCUGAAAUUUGCCUAAGGUCGUGCAGUAUAAAUGUCAAAUAUUUUAGCUGUCAGAUAGAAAUAACGAUUUUGCAAGCUGCUCGGUUUAACAUCAUGUCCGCGAACUGGCCAUCCAGCCUGUGGGUUGCUAACUAAUGCGCAGUAUUGCAUCUGUUUCAUGUGCACAAACCAGCAGGGUAAUUGUUUUGUAGGCAUUUCUCAACAACAUCCACCACCUUGCUGCAUUUUCGUUAUUUGCCGCCAACUAAAUUUUUAGGAGCUGGUCUGUUAAAGCCAAAUUAUGGGAGCAGGAAAAAUGUUGAACUUUUUCUGGUUGUAGGUAGCUACACUGGCCUUGCUGGCAUCUAACCAAAAAUCCACAGGGAUGGACACUAAACUGAGCACCCACGACCAAAACUGAGAAAUUGGCAUUUCAGUAUCUCGGAAUAAGUAACGUUAGCUGACACACUCGUACAGCGGUGCAUGGUGACUCAUUUCGCGAGUCUGUGUGACAUAAGUUGUUUUGCAGGGUUAAUUAAACUACAGUUAGUCACUACAUCGGAGACCAGUUAGCUUGCCUGAAGUGCAUAGCUAGCUACAGUCUCGCCCCACAUCACAUUACAAACACGGCGUACAGAACGUAUUCAGAGCCCGCUCCCGGCCAGACACACAGGCUCAACAACACCGUCAUGGGAGUGCAGGGUUUUCAAGAGUAUUUAGAGAAGCGGUGUCCCGGGGCCGCAGUCCCGGUGGACCUCCUGAAGCUUGCCCGUACCGCGGCCCGCCAGCCCCCUCACCACCAUCACCCACACCACCACCCACAUCACCCCGGGCCCAUGCCUCCCCCGCCCCCGCCUGCCAGGAUCCUAAUCGACGCUGACUCCGGCCUGCAGCGCCUCUACGGCGGCUACCAGACGGACUGGGUGUGCGGGGGCGAGUGGAACGCCAUGCUGGGCUACCUGGCUGCCCUGUCACAGGCGUGCCUGUACCAGGGUGGCCUGGAGCUGGUCGUGGUUUUCAACGGCACAUUGGGGAAGGAGCGCUGGCCCGAGUGGGCGCGGCGAGCUCAGGGCCAGCGACAGACGGCGCAGCUGAUAGUCAACCACGUCGGCAGCAAGGCCACCCCGCCUCCACGGGCAUGGUUCCUGCCCCCGGCCUGCCUCAGCCACUGCGUCCGCCUUGCCAUGUUCCGCUUCCGAGUGCGGGUUGUACAGACUCUGGAGGACCACCACCAGGAAGUGCUGUGUCUCUACAGAGACUUUGGAUUUGCUGGCUUGAUUGCUCAGGAUUCUGAGUUUGCCCUCUGCAACGUACCCGCCUACUUCUCCUCGCACGCUCUCAAACUAAGCUGGAACGGCAAGAACCUGACCACACACCAGUACCUGCUGUCUGAGGCCGCCAGGCAGCUCGGGCUCAAGACACAGCACCUGCCAUGCUUUGCUGCUCUGCUGGGAAAUCAUAUUCUGCCUGAUGAGGACCUGGCUGCCUUCCACUGGAGUCUGCUGGGACCAGAACACCCACUAGCUUCUCUCAAGGUGCGAGCCCAUCAGUUGGUGCUGCCGCCCUGUGAGGUGGUGAUCAAGGCCGUCUCGGAGUACGUCUCCUCCAUCAAAGACCUGGGAAACCUCGACGCCAUUGCCAGAGAUGUCUUCAAACAGUCACAGUCUCGUAUGGAGGACAAAGUGGAGCGAUUCAAGAAAGCGGUGGAGUAUUUCUCAGCUGCCUCUAAACCACGCUCGCCCAACAUGGGGCCCUCCUCCUUCAUCUUACCUGGGUUUGGACCCAAUCCAUUUGGGGGACCACCUGGCCACAUGGGACCGAUGCAGCCUGGAAAGAAUCAGUUCCCUCCUCCCCAGGUUCCGGGGUUAAAGCCACCCUAUCAAAAUGCUCCAUAUGGACCUGGCUCCACCCCUCUGUUCCAGAACCCACCGCCACCAUCCCAAGACUGCAACGACUCACUGACGAAUAAGAUGGGCUUCUCUGAUUGGUCAGCUCCAUAUGAUUCCACUCAGGGCGGAAGUCGAUUACCCAAUCAUCACACCAGCACUCAGUCUGGUCCUUCUCCGUCUCCUUCCUCGUCAUCCGAUGGAGAUGAACCCAACGACAGCAACGCAAACCAUUUGACAGACAAGCCCUCUCGGUGGGAGGACCCUGCUGGAAGGGGGGGUUCGGCCUCUGGAGACGGUUCCCAAGGCAACGGGAGUGGGUCAAACAUUCCGUCACUGUUGUCUAUGGCGACGCGGAGUCACAUGGACAUAACCACACCCCCUCUGCCUCAGGUCAGUGCUGAGGUUCUUCGUGUAGCCGAGCACAGACACAGGAGAGGACUGAUGUACCCCCAGAUUUUCCACAUAUUGACCAAGGGAGAGAUGAAGAUGCCAGUGUGUAUAGAGGAUGAGUGUAACUCUGAGCUGCCUCCCGCCUCUCUGCUGUUCCGUGCUGCCAGACAGUAUGCGUACGGCGUCCUCUUCAGUCUGGCUGAAACACACCGUCGCCUGGAGAGGCUCGCUCUCCGCAAGAGGGCUCCCCUGGAAGUUCCUCCAGUGAUUGUCAAAGAAUGGAGCAGUGGUAAAGCCAAGUCAGCCCUGACUCCAGAGCUGGUUCCGGCCCUGUGUUUCCGGGAGUGGACCUGCCCCAACCUGCGGCGGCUGUGGUUGGGUCGUGCCAGUGAGGACCGCUCCAGGAGAACCAGGGCCUUCCUGGCCUGCCUACGCUCUGACUGCCCAGCCCUCCUCAACCCAGCACAGGUCCCACAGCAUCUGCUGCUCAUGUGCUGCGUGCUCAGGUAUAUGAUGCAGUGGCCUGGGGGGAGGAUCCUCCAGAGACAUGAGCUAGAUGCCUUUCUGGCUCAGGCUGUUUCCAGCCAGCUCUACGAACCCGACCAGCUACAGGAGCUCAAGGUGGAGAAGGUGGAUGCCCGUGGCGUACAGCUGGCUUCUCUCUUUAUGGCCGGCGUUGACACAGCGCUGUUCAUCAAUGAUGUGUGUGGCCAGCCGUUGCCAUGGGAACACUGCUGUCCCUGGGGCUUUUUUGAUGGCAAACUGUUCCAGAGUAAACUGGCCCGGGCCGCGCGUGACCGGGCCGCCCUGCUGGACAUGUGUGAGGGACAGGAGGAGCUUGUGUCCAAGGUCGAGAAGAUGCGUCAGGCAAUCCUCGAGGGCAUCAACCUGUCCCGCCCUCCUCCACCUCCUCCUCCUCUUCCACCUCCUGCCUUCCUCCCCCCUGCCAUGGUGCCCCCUUUCUACCCCAUGCCUCCACUCUACCCACCUCGCCCCAUGGGCGGCAUGCCCCCUCAUCAUCACCCACAUCAUCCACAUCACCCUGCGCAGCACAGACCCAGAGCCUUCCCAGGCAUCCAGUCCAUCCCCCCUCAGGGAGGGAAACUGGAGAUAGCCGGCAUGGUUGUCGGCCAGUGGGCUGGGAACAAACCAGUACGUGGGAGAGGGGGGUUCAACAUGCAGGUGGUGUCAGUGGGAGCAGGGAGAGGGAGGGGUAAAGAGAUUCCAGCGAAAGUAAGGGGAGUGAAAAAGGCACCUGCCAACAGAACACAGACGUCGUCACCCCCCCCAUCCAGCACUCCCCCAAAGCCCUCAGAGGAGGCGGGCUCCACGCCAGAGGUUGCGACCCAGCAGCUGAACGGCAGCUCAGCAGCCUCCGCCAUCGGCCAGCCAUUGGAGCUGGCCCCCCUGGCCCAGCCAAUCCCGUGUGCCUUAGCCAGCAGAGACAACCAAUCAGAGGGGGUGGAAGUGGAGGCCCCCUGUUGCCUUGACGACUGCCCGUCAGACGGAGCACUACAGAAGGAGGAGUGAUGGCAUCCCUCCCAGGAUGCACUGCUCUGAGAGAGUUCUGUGUUCGACUGCCUUUCCCUGUUUUUGUAGCCCUGCCUGCUAGCUGUGCACAUUAUCACAUGGAGCAGGAAGUGACGUGAGGCUCCUCCUCGUCCUCCCUGCUGCUCCAUGUGAUAGGCUAAAGCAGUUAGCUGUUACUUCCUUUUUAGUUUUCUCAUGUGGUUUUACAUUGUUUUAUGAAGAGAGGUUUUCUCCAUGAGUCUGUAAGCGCCCCACCCCUCAAAAAUCCUAAAUGCCUCCCUCCCGCACUCAGAGUAAAAUAAGCUUGAAGCCCCACCCCCCCCAUGAACCACAACUUAAACGAGCCCCCUAGUACGUAUGGGUAUCUGUACAGUUUGAAUUUCUUAUUUUGUGUCUUUAAUGGUCCCAUUGUUUGAAUCUCUGCACACAGAUGUUAAGCUUGCGGUUACGGUGACAGAUUGGAUGUGGUUUCCAUGGUUGCAGCAUCUAGGCCUGGUCGCCAUGGUUGGUAAUCUUAUGUUCAUGCGGAUUGUUGCCAUAGCCAUCUCAUGUGAGGUUUGUCUUACAUGGAUCCAGAUGUUCAGAGUUCGACUGUGGAUAUGUGGGAAAGACAGGGAUGUACCAUUCUUCUGUGCAGUGACCCUCGUUCCCAAACUCCGCGGGCUAGCAGCACUGCUAAACACACAGUGUUAGUAUACUUACUAGCAACAAACCCCUUAUUGAUUGGUUUUCUAUGACAGGAGCAUUUCUGCACCGCCAUGGUAUUCGUGUACUAUCUUACUUUGACCUAUGUAGCAAAGCCUAGUGCUUAGCUGUGCUAAGAGACCCCAUGAAUUUAUGCACCUUAAGCCCCAAAGUAUGCAAGAUAUUACCCCGCUCCUCCAAAAAAAAGUGCAUUAUUAUAUUAUCCUCCCAUCCUCCUUGUCCCUUUGUCCCAAAGCUUUGAUUGUAUUAUCCCAACAGAAGCACUUAAUGUUAUAUUUAAAUAUGAUGAAUUUGAACAAGCCCCUAUACAGGUGAAUUGAAAGUCUGUGGGGGGUGUCCCCUGCGCAUAAGUAAAUCAUGACAUGUAGAACUACAUUUAAAGGUAGAGAUCUAUUUGAGAGACGUCAGAAUGUGAACAGAGUGGUUUCAGACAAAGAAGCACUUUGUUUUAAAAAUGUUAAACCACACUGGACAGUCCUCUACCAGGUGAUAAAGAAAUGAAAAACUCGGAGGCACCUUCUGGAGUUAAGGCCAAAAAGAAAAGAAAUGCUGCCCAGCAAUGGAAAUGAAUGGUGAGGAUUUUGGGUAACUGCUGCCAGGCAGAGUUCCCCUCAGAGUGGCCUCACGUUCAAUCGAGAACUCUGCGAUGAAGCUGAAAGGACUCCUGAUUCUCCAUGUCAGGGAUUCCUGGGAGUCAUUUCACAUUUCUAAAACGUUGUUUCCAAAGUGUAUUUUAACAAGGCUGGCCGACCGAGGCCGCCUGUGAUAGAAAAGAGGUGUGGCAACAAUGCCUCAAAGAUCCCUCCGCCCUCUGGUGGCGAUUGAGCAACUGUUGUCAUGACAAUAGCCCAACACCAGGAGCUGUUGCCCCGCGCAGCUCCGGUGUGUCACUUUAGACCAGCAGUUAGCACUUCCCUGCCCCGAAGUUCCCCGGCCGAACACGGCGGGGGCUUCGCGGGUCGGAUCACACGACAGGAGAGAGAGAGGCCUCAUGGCGGACCUGAGCGUGCCGCUCACAAUCUGAGACUUCGAAGAAAACGAAUUGUUUUAUUAGAGCACUUACGUUUGUAGAGAAUGAGACGUGUCCCCCAUAGUAGAUUUCAUCUGACUACGGAAAUACAACUUACCAAUUAACUGGUAGCACAACUGCAAAUGUAAAAGCAGUAGACUGACAGUAGACCUGAGCGAUGCUGGCCAUGAACAUUAUAAUCUCUAUAAACUGACUAAGAGAGGUUGACAUGAGCUCACUAUGUUUAAAAAAGAAAAAGGCAAGUCAACAAGAAGCACCUUAUUUUCUUACUAUGUUGAUGACUUGUGCUCUAUCGUGUGCCACAGAAUUGACAUGGAAAAAGCUCUUCUGAAAUGCCAUUUUGAAGGAAAAAACCCUGACUAUACAGUGUAUGUAAGUGUUAAUGUAGUCGCGUCAGACAUCCCCUCAGUUAUGAACUCAACCAUUACAGUGAAACGCUGACCGUUCACCCGGCCAUGAGCGUAGGCCUACGCUCAUCGUCACAGGGCCGGGCCGCGCCGCGCCGCCGUCUCUUACACCAACACCAAAUGAAAUCAGAGGUUCGGACUUGUUAGCCGUUGUUGGUAGGGGUUAAGCAUGCGAGUGCUGUAGGUGUUUAUAGGUUAAGAGUAGGUAACAGCGUCGGGCUAAACACAGGACUGUAAUACAGACACCAAGACUAGGCUAGAGAAUAUAGCUCCACUGGCCGAAAUACUAAGUCUAGAAUUACUAGGAGUCAUAUACUUAACUGCUUUCAACUUUUGACAUUAGUACAAAUAUGUGUAUCGCAACAGUACAUUGUUAGAAGAUGGCUUUUCUGCGGCGAGCCAGAGUGUGAUCUGGCGUACGAUGCCCUCUCUUGAUUCGCUCGCCAGAUAACAGUUACAGACACACGCACACACACACACACACACACACACACAUGCGACAGACAGGCGCAUUCAGUUGCAUUUGUUACCAGCAGCAUUCUCUCUGCUUUCGUGCUGAAGUGAUUUUGUGCAGUUUCAGUUCCCAGUGGAGGUGUCGUCAGUUCAUCAGAGAUCAUUUGGUAACACAUUCUACUGACGCGGAAAUCCCACACUUUCAAGUUCGCAUGGACGGAUUAAAAGUACAUGUUAGAGGUGUCAGGUGGGCACAGAAACAACCAUCUACACACACACACACACACACACACACACACACACACACACACAGAUACAUAGAUGUUAAACCCUGAGUUACACAGUAGCUAGUAUGGAAAAAAGAAGUCAACACAAUACAUGAUGUAGUGUCCCUCUCUUGUCCUUGUCUGUUUUAGUUCGAUAGAUAUUUGAUCAGUGAUUUUUAUGCUUGUUAUCCUAACCCCCCUCCCCUCCCUGCUACGACACUUUUCUCACCUCCCCUUCCUCCACACCCCUGAACUGUUCGCUCACUUCUUUCCUCUGCCCUCCAAUCUUCCUCAUAGAGCCACUCACACACACAUACACACACCAUGCCCACUGAUUCUCAUUAGAAGCAAACACACACAAACACACUCAGAUAUUUUACACACAGGAGAACCCCCUCCCCCUGCACUUCAGUUCUCUUCUUUCACUCUUACCACCUCCCUCUCUGCCUCUCCUUUAGCCCUUAGGACCGUUUCUAUUGGCCGUUUUCUCUUUUCUCUUCGGGCUGCCCUGCCCCUUAAUCAACCCAACUAACAGUAAAGGUUAUAUUAACGUUGAUAAUCAGUUUCUGUAUGUAUCUAGCCAGAGUCUGGAAAAAAAAAUCAGAAAAAAAAAAUCAAAACGGUUUUAUUCAAUUGUGCAAAUGUGUUUUUCUUACUAUUUUUAAUGUUAUUACAUCUAAUCUAAUCCUUCUACCAUUGCUUCAGUUAGUACUGAAAUACGCUUAGCCAACCUAGAGAUUUGAACUGUAAUGAUUGCGAGUUUCCUUACCUGUAUUUUAUAUGGCAUCUUUAGACCACCGUUUAUUAUGUACGUAAGUAAAUAUUGCCCGUUUUUCGAAUUGAAAACGUCGUCUGCACUAUGUAUUAUGAUUCUCAUAAUAUCCCGGACAACAGUUUUGUGGUCGACUCAUUAUCAAUCUGAGCUGAACUCUGCGCCCUUGCACAAAGCAGCGAAACAUCUCUUGUAAACACCUGAGAACCAAAGUACACCUAGCACCCCCCCCCAACCCCCUAUAAAGCCCCUAUAGUCCCCCACCCCACCCUGCGACGUUGAUGGUUUGCCCCCCCCCUCCUCCGAGUAACAAGUUUUCUGAUGAGUAUGAUUAUAUAUAUUAUGACAUUACAGCACGUGUGAUUUAUCUGACAAGUCUGUGAGGUAGCGGUGUUCUUAAACACUGUGGUUGUCGUGGAGACGCAGACAGACAGGGAAAAAGGAAGGAAGUGUGUCUGUGUGGACAGCGAGCGAGCAGGCAAUUUUAGACGCGCGACCAAAGGCUUUCUGGGUAAAUUCACCACUCCUGUUUUGCUCGCUCGCACUCAGUGGUAACGUCUUCGUUGACUGAAUGUCGGCUGUGUGAAACCCCCGCACACGCUGACCUCAGAUCUGCACUAGUACACAGGACAGAACGACACCUGACAAACAUGCUUUCAGUCGUGCUGGGGUUUUGGUGCCCUCUUUUGCAUUUUUCUUACAUGUCGCGCUCUCUCGAACUUGCCUUUAACUUCCCAGAUUCAGAUUGAUAGAGCAACUUCGUACCAUGCGGAGUCUCUUCAUACGUGGGCACUGAGGCUGAAAGAGGCUGAAUUUCCCUCCAAAAACAAACCUCAGAUUAGGCGGCCUCCAAAUGCGUGCCGUGAAAUGUGGAGUGGGUACAAGAAACAAUUGGCCUGUGUAAUGAAAAACAAGAAAAAGACUUGAAACAGUCUUUGAAUAGAUUAGAAAAUAACUGAUUAAUCUGCAACCACAGACGUUUAUCAGGAAGAAGCCGAACGUGCUGUAGUUCCAGCUUUUCAGUUGUUUAUAGGUCUGAAAGAGCUGCAAUGGUUAGUUGAUUGACAGAAAAUACAUCAGCAACAAUUAAACAAUAAGUAGUUUUAGUCAACACCUGCUGGUUCCAGCAGCUAACCCUUUUCCUCAUCUUAUAUGAGAGUAAACUGAAUGUAUUUGGGUUUUAAACUGCUCUUUGAUUUCAUCACACUGAGCUUCAGGAAGUUAUGACGGGCAUUUUUCUCUAUUUUCUGACAGUUUUUCGACAAAAUGAGUAAUGGAUAUUGAAAAUAACCCUCCACUGCCGCCCUGAUUUCUUUCUUAUGUGACGGUAAACUCUGUCUUUGGUCUUUGGACUGUUUCAUAGACAGAACAAGCAGUUUAAUGGCGUCACUCGGGAUGCGAGACACGAUGGACAAUUCUUUAUUUUGUGACGUCGCAGUUAUAGACCAAACUGUUUAUUUAUUUUAGAUGAAUUUGUAAUGAAAAUAAUCAUUGCAGCCCUAAAAGACUUGCAGCUGUGGCCUUGUCAACAGACUACAAUCCAUGGUUUAGAACUUUCUAGAAUCCAUAAAGGGCUUUCCAGCAAAAAAUCUCAGCUGAAGUUGUUGUGAGGAAGAUUCGCCCUCUACGAGCAUCCUGCCUCCCUGCCUACGCAAACGAGAGCGUCUCUGAAGAGCUUGACAAUGUAAAGAGAACCAAAAGUCCCAGAAUAGAAAUGUACGAUGUAGUGUUAUAGACGUUAAACAGUGUUAUUGUCUGUCAUACAGAAUGUGGAAAGGAAUCAUCAGUUGUGUUGUGCCUGUUCUGAUCCAUUUGCAGGAUUCUCACAGCAUUUUGCCCAGUCUGAAUAAAGGUCCCUAUUCUGUCUGUCUCUCUCUACACUGCCACUCCCCCCCUCAGAAGCCCCCCAAGCUCCGGUAUAAUCCCCCAGCCCCCCGUGGUUAAGUCCCAGUGAGGGGCUCAUGUUGAUCAUUGUGGGCCAUUUCUUGUCACGUUGGUCAGUCACGCCCUCAGCCACAAGUGUACCAAUGCAUGUACUUCUGUACCCAGGGCCACCCGAAACUACCUGUGCAGCAAAAAGUGUUCAAAUUUCUCCAUAAUAUUAUCGUUAUAGAAAUAUUAUCAUCAUCAUUAUUGCUGUUAUAAUUAUGGUUGGUAUAAUUUGUCAUCAUUGUUAGCAUUAUGGAAGCACCAGACUGUUUGUGGAAAGAUGAGAAAAAGAAAGCUUUUUUUUUUUUUUUUUUUUUUUUUUUUU